CCCCCGCAGCCGCCGGCGCCGCCGCCUGAGUCGCCUACAGGUGCUGUUCUUCGCUCCCCGCCGCUCAGGCAGCUCGGAAGACACUCUGUUUUGGGGUCCUCGCCUCCCUUCCACGUCUCCCGGAAGCGGCAGCAAGGCCUAGGCCAGUCGGGGAGGAGGUUUACUCAGCCUGGCCCUGCUGCGGGCCAGCGGCUGGGGGGCCGCGGUGCAGCCGCUCUGGAGUCCUCAGGUUCAUCGAUAGGAUUGUUUUGCUGCCAUCAUGUCUUGGUUUGCUGAUCUUGCUGGAAAGGCAGAAGAUCUUUUAAACCGAGUUGAUCAAGGGGCUGCAACGGCUCUCAAUAGAAAAGAGAACACUAGCAACAUCAAAUAUAGCAAAAAUGCGGACUAUCCUGAACUUCACCAGCAAAAUACAGAUUUGACUUAUCAGACUGGACCUAAAGCCACUUACAUUUCCUCAGCAGCUGAUAACAUUCGAAAUCAAAAAGCCACCAUCUUAGCCGGCACUGCAAAUGUAAAAGUAGGAUCUAGGACACCAGUGGAAGCCUCCCAUCCUGUUGAAAAUGCAUCUGUUCCUAGGCCUUCAUCCCAGUUUGUGCGAAGAAAAAAAUCAGAACCUGAUGAUGAGCUGCUAUUUGAUUUUCUUAAUAGUUCACAGAAGGAGCCUACUGGAAGGGUAGAAAUCAAAAAAGAAAAGGGCAAGACACCUGUCUUUCAGAGCUCUCGGACAUCAAAUGUCAGUUCUGUGAACCCCAGUGUAACCACCAUCAAAACCACUGAAGAAAAUUCUUUGGGGAGCCAAACCCAUGAAGCUGCUAAUAAUUCAGAUUCUGGCCUAGAAGGCCAAGAGGAGUCUUCGAAGGAAAUUGCAUCAUCAAAUGCUGCCUCCACUGAUCACAACCCAACACCUAAUGAUGAUGGCAAAUCACAUGAACUAUCUAAUCUUAGGCUGGAGAAUCAAUUACUGAGGAAUGAAGUUCAGUCUUUAAAUCAAGAAAUGGCCUCAUUACUUCAAAGAUCUAAAGAAACUCAAGAGGAGUUAAACAAAGCAAGAGCAAGGGUUGAAAAGUGGAAUGUUGACCAUUCAAAGAGCAAUCGAAUAACUCGAGAACUCCGAGCGCAAGUAGAUGACCUGACUGAAGCGGUGGCUGCAAAGGAUUCUCAGCUGGCAGUACUGAAAGUGAGACUCCAGGAAGCUGACCAGCUACUGAAUACUCGCACAGAAGCGUUAGAAGCCUUACAGAUUGAAAGAUCACGAAUAAUACAGGAUCAAAGCGAAGGUAGUAGCCUACACAAUCAAGCUCUGCAAACACUUCAGGAGAGACUACAUGAAGCGGAUGCCUCUCUGAAGAGAGAGCAAGAGAGCUAUAAACAAAUGCAGAGUGAGUUUGCUGCUCGCCUUAAUAAAGUGGAAGCAGAACGUCAGAAUUUGGCAGAAGCAGUUACUGUGGCAGAAAGAAAAUACUCAGAGGAAAAGAGGAGAGUUGAUGAACUGCAGCAGCAAGUCAAGCUGUGUAAGUCGAACUUGGAGUCCUCUAAGCAGGAAUUGAUUGACUACAAGCAAAAAGCUACUAGAAUACUCCAGUCUAAGGAAAAAUUGAUUAACAGCUUAAAGGAAGGCUCUGGUUUUGAAGGCCUAGAUACAAAACGGGUACAAGAUAUUGCCUGA